AUGAGAGCAUUCGUGUACGACUCGAGUGGUUCAGGGAUGGGGUGGAGGGAAGAUCAACCGAUGCCUCUGCCGACUGCCUCCCAAGUUCAAGUCAAAGUUCUUGCUGCUGCUACUAAUCCCAUUGACUUGAGACUCGCAGCUCUCCCUGGGGUUUCGAGGUGGUUACUUGGUACAGCAGUGGGCUUCGACUUUGCUGGGCGGGUCACUAUCGGCUCGGCUGAUUACAAGGUUGGCGAUCUCGUCUUUGGUAAGACCAAGUCUGGUUCUAUGGCUGAAUUCGCGACGGCGAAUGUGAGUGAGAUAGCCCAUGUGCCCCAAGGGGUUGACCCCAAGGUCGCUGCAUCUCUACCUGUGGCUAGUCUGGUCAGCUUACAUGCCCUUAGACAGGGUGGUGUUACUGAGGCCGGCAAGAAUGUGUUGGUCAUUGGUGCCAGUGGUGGGACCGGCUCGAGUGGUGUACAGAUUGCCAAGGCACUCGGUGCUACGUUUACGCUGUCUGUAGUG